AUGGGUGGCAAGAAGGUCUGCGUCGUGGGCUCUGGCAACUGGGGCUCGGCCAUCGCCAAGAUCGCUGGCAGCAAUGCGGCACGGCUGAGCACCUUCGAGAAACAGGUGAACAUGUGGGUGCUGGAGGAGGAGGUUGGUGGCCGGCGGCUCACUGAAAUCAUCAACACGGAGCAUGAAAACGUCAAGUACCUGCCGGGGCACAAGCUACCCCCCAAUGUGGUAGCAGAGCCAGACCUGCUGAAAGCCUGUGCUGGGGCUGACAUUCUCCUGUUCGUGGUGCCCCACCAGUUUAUCGGCAAAGUCUGUGACCAGCUCAAGGGCCAUGUGAAGAAAGAUGCUGUUGGGGUGUCGCUCAUCAAGGGGGUGGACGAAGGACCAGAUGGGCUGAGGCUGAUCUCAGACAUCAUCCAUGAGAAACUGGGAAUAGAGAUGAGCGUCCUCAUGGGGGCCAACAUUGCUAGUGAAGUGGCAGAAGAGAAGUUCUGUGAAACAACCAUUGGCUGCAAGAACAUGCAGCAUGGGCAGACGCUGAAGGAGCUGAUGCAGACACCGAACUUCCGGGUGACAGUGGUGCAGGAAGCUGACACUGUAGAGAUCUGCGGGGCUCUCAAGAACGUUGUGGCUGUAGGAGCUGGCUUCUGUGAUGGGCUUGGCUAUGGAGACAACACAAAGGCUGCCGUGAUCCGUCUGGGACUGAUGGAGAUGAUUGCCUUUGCCAAACUCUUCUGUAAGGGCCCCGUCACCCCUUCCACCUUCCUGGAGAGCUGUGGAGUCGCUGACCUCAUCACUACCUGCUACGGUGGCCGCAACCGCAAGGUGGCUGAGGCUUUUGCCAAGACUGGGAAGUCUAUUGAACAGCUGGAGAAGGAGAUGUUGAAUGGGCAGAAGCUGCAGGGUCCCCAGACAUCUGCUGAGCUGCAUCGCAUCCUUAAAAGCAAGAACAUAGUGGAGAAGUUUCCCCUCUUCACAGCUGUGUAUCAGAUCUGCUACGAAGGCAAACCUGUCACUGAUGUCAUCAAGUGUCUCCAGAACCACCCUGAGCACAUGUAAGUGGGCUCUGCCUGCAAAACCACUGGUCCUGCCGAGAUGAGCGGAGAGCUGCUGCCCGCACCAACUCGCUGCUGCUACAGCUUUGUAAGGAGUCCGGAAUUCCUGGGAGCCUUUGCAGAGUGCUGGAAGGGCAGAGGUUCCCCUUCUCAGCCCUGGACACUGCCAGCCUGAGCCUGGCAUCUGCACAGAGGUAUCUGCUGAUCUCCCUCUCUUUGAAGGGCUCGUUUAG